GAACAAGCCAGGUGGACAAAAGUCAUUAUCUAAUUCCCGGCAGUAGGUACUUUCUACAUGUAAACAACACCCCUAAACCCCCGAUUCCAAGAAUUGUUUACGUCCAACAUUCCAUACUGAUGAGUCAUCGUUUAUCAAAGUGAGCUAAUGAGGUAAAUGCAAUCAAAGAAUUAGGUCAGUUGCAUUUUCGCGACACUUGCAAUAACAUCUCAUGGUGACAGUUCUUAAUUUUGUGGAAGUUUUAGUGAUGGAUUUUACUUCUGAAGAAAAGCUUUACUCUAUUAAUAAAAUAGAGUUUUUCGAAGAGUGGCUUAAACACGAAAAAGACAAAAGAUGUGAUCGUCUAUUUGAGUUUAUUUCAACUAAGUUUAAUUUUUCUGUUAUCACUGAAGAAUGCGAAAGGGAAAUUAAGAUGAAAUUAGCCAGCAUUUCUUCAAAAAUUGCAACGAGAUGGGUGUCUUCAGGAAAAUCAAAAGAACGUUUCCUUAAUAAGAAUAAGUUGUGGCUGGAAGGCCAGGAGAUAGAAUUUUGUGUACGAUCGACUCUACCGCAACCUUCUACCUCAACCGCUGAACUUUCUCGGCCCGGAAGGCCUAGAAAAGACUUUGAAGAUGCGUCUUUUAAGACCAAAAAACGUAGAGUUGAAGAUUUAGUACAAUCGCGAAGUGUUGGGGAACUAAUGACUGCCGCAGAGGUAGCUGCACGGUCAACUGGACAAAAAAACGUUGCCAGAGUUAUUAAAGACAUUGGUGAAAAUCCAGCUUCCGCAAGUGCGUGCUUGAACAUUCAACAAACAAGUGCUGUGCAAAGAGAUAGACCGCUAAGUAAUGACGAGGCAUUAGCGUAUUAUAUUGAUUCCAAAUCAACAACUCACUCAUACAAACAGACUAGGAAAUGGACUAUGAAAGUCGGGCAUCAUGUGUUUCCAUCAUAUGAAUGCAUUGUCAAGGCAAAAAAAGGGUGUUAUCCUUCUGAGGAGCACAUUGUUGUGACACAAUCUCGAGCAGAAAUUGAGCUUCAAGCUAUUUUGAAUAAAACAGCAGAACGCUUAAUCGAAGCUCAGAGAGAAGUCUUCACAAGUGUGCUUCCAAAUAUAAGCCCCAAUUCAUCGUUUACUCUUAUAAGUAAAUGGGGGUGUGACGGAAGUUCCGGUCAUAGUGCUUAAAAACAGAGAUUUGAGAAUAGCGAAGACACAGAUGAGUUUCUUUUUGUUUAUUCGUUUGUUCCCCUGAGGUUAAUUGACGAAGGUAACAACACUAUAAGGCAAAAUCCUCGUCCAUCAUCCACGAUGUUUUGUCGUCCAAUCAAAUUCAUUUUUGUUAAAGAAACUAUGGAAAUGAC